GGUUGAGGUCUUGGCUACGGAAAUCCGUGCUGCGUUUGGUUUAGCGUCUGUAAAACUGUGUAAAAUGUGAUGGUUAGUAAAUGUUUUCAUAACAACUGAAUAAAAAAAAUUGAAGAUGGAAGCGGCAGACGAUGCCCGUGUGAGUAAUGAAGAUGUGCCUCCUCAAAACCAAGAUCUGACUUUAAUUCACACAUCCGUUGCUGUGUUUCUGUCUGACUAUGGCUGGUAUCUUUUGUUUCUCGCCGUGGGAGUCUAUCUUCUCAUCCAACAUCUCAGUAAAAAGCGAUCCGGAGGAAAUGAGAGCCAGUCAGCCUCAGCGGUUAACCAAGACCCCGCAUCAGUGGCGAGACGUCAGGAGGCCCUCGAGGUGUCCAGGCAGAGAAUGCAAGAAGAACUGAAUGCCAAAGCUGAAGAAUUUAAAGAGAAGCAAAAGAGGCUCGAGGAGGAGAAAAGAAGACAAAAAAUCGAGAUGUGGGAAAGUAUGAAGGAAGGAAAGAGUUUCAAAGGCAACGCACGAGUUGCACAAAAUACUGAAGAAGCUUCGUCCUCCACCGUUUUGAAACCAAAGACAGAUCAAAAGCUUCGUAACAGUGGAUAUAAUCCUCUGUCUGGAGAUGGAGGAGGAACGUGCUCCUGGAGACCGGGCAGGAGAGGGCCUUCCACUGGUGGUGGAUGAGGUUAAAGUGAGGGUCAGACCCAAACCUCUGACCCUUUGACAUACAGGAACAUAUUAAUAUAAAUAACUGAAUGAAGCUGUCAGUGUAUACACUAUACCGAACAUUAGCACACUAUACACGACAUCAUCAUCUUCACGUUUUUUUUCUGGUAGGAGGCUAGGCACUCAUGAGAACAACUUAAAAUUGUUAAAGUUAUUUAAUCUGUUUUUAUUAGGAACAUGGAAUACCGAUGUAAGAUGACAUCAGUAGUAUAAGAUAUUGUUAAAAUUGUUACACGUGUAUUUAUGUUAACAAUUCUGUUAUUAUUGACAAGUUUCAAAUCAUGGUUUAUGUUACAUUUUAGUUGAUAACAGAAAUCGUGGACAAAAAAGACAAACCCUAUAAAAAUAGAUCAGACUCGUGUGAUGUUUUCCUCAUCCUAAAUUAUUAUAAAUAAGAAUUAUGAGUUCAGGGAAACAGAAAAAAAACGUUCAAGUAGUGUUUUAUUUCUUCCUAUACUUACACGUAUGUGUCUGUGUGUGAUUGACAGCUUGUAAUGAUGCCUCCUCAUUAAAGGUAGUAAUACCGUGUGGCAGGCUGAUGACUUUUAGUUAUCAAAUGUUCCUGUGUUCAUGACCCUUUUAAAAUCUGUGUAGUAGUACGAAAACACUUCAAGCAUCGCAUUCAUAUCUUUACAACGCUUGUCUUCGGUUAUACAAAACAUGUUUUCCAACAAAUCAAAUCAUGCUGUUGUAAGUAAUAUUGCAUCUGUAGCGGUGUUUUCAGGGAGAUUUGUUAAGGCAAUUUAGUUGUUGUGUCACAGAUUUAUUUCACUGUUCUUGCUCUGGGUUUCUCUGAAUAAAGUCAUUCUUGCUCAUC